AUGUGCAGCUCGGGGAGACUCGGAUUUCUGUCCAUGGACAACACGGAAGGAUGGUGCAUUUACGAUGACAUGCUGGUGGAGCCUUUCAUGGCCCGUGGCUGGUCCGUGACGCCACGCAUCCCGUGGCGACAGUUUCGUGAGCACGAUUGGUCUCAGUACGACAUCGUGGUGGUGCGUAGUACUUGGGACUACCAAGAUGACCUGACGCUCUUCCAUGCCGCGCUGGAUCACAUUGCGUCGAAGUGCACUGUGGAGAACUGUGUCGCUCUGAUGAAGAUUUUGCCAACUGCCUUCGUUGUACCUGGCGAUGUCCGUCCCUCAGUGGCAGUCGCAAAUUCCCUCGAGUCCUUCGAGGAGGUGGUCAUCAAGCCGGCAGUGGGUGCCAGCAGCUUCGACACCUUCCGGAUCAAACGUGGGGAGCUCCAGGCGCCCUACAGCUUUGUGGAAGAUCCGACGGUGGUAGAGCUCCGCGGCCGCGAGACGCAGCUUGCCACAAAAGAGUUCGGCACAAAAUCUGCAUUUAUCGAUGAGCUGUUCUCCGACGUACCGUGUCUCGUGCAGCCGUUUGUCGCCGAGAUCAUGUCGGAAGGUGAGUACAGCCUGUUCUACGCGAUGCACAAGCUGCCCAAAGCAGGAGACUAUCGAUCUCAAGAGGACUACGGCGCAGCGCACCACAGAGUGGACAUUCACUCACUUCCGUCCGGCCUGUGCGAGUGCGCAACUCGGGCCAUGCAGGCUUUGCCUCUCGACCAGCCACCGCUCUACAGCCGCAUGGACGUGGUCGUCCUGCCCAACAGCAUCAUGGAGCCUUUGGCGCGUGAGGGCUCUUCAACCCACUUCACCGUAGCCGAGGGGAAUCGAGAGCCGCCUGGGUACGCACUCAUGGAGGCAGAGCUGAUCGAGCCCUCGCUUUACUUUAACAUUGCCUCAGAAGGCAUUACGAACUUCGUCGAGGAGUUCAGCAAACGCCACGGCGGAGAAAGCCGGCUGGAGCGAGUCGAGGUCAAUGCAACAGACAAGGUCUCCGACCUGAAGGCUAAAGUGGCCCGAGAGCGUAGCCGCUCUCGGGAUGCGCGCGUUGCCCUGGCAGUGCCCGGGGCACCUGUGGCGUUUGCGGCCCCUCGGGGCCCUGCUGGCGAUGUCCCAGACUGGCUGGCAGAUUUGGUGCCAAAGCCCUCAGGCGUCUUUCCUGGUGCCUCGCUACCAUCCGGGGCGGCAAAGCCGCUUGAGGUCCCUCAAUCGCUGGUGCCGAUGCUGACGGAAUCUUUGAUCCAGAGAAUCUCUGGGGAUUCCGGGGCCAGCAUCAUCCUCCGACAAGAUACGAGGAACUUGGGAUACAGCUUGGUUCUCUUCUCCGGCCCCAACCAGGCCACGCAACAAGCGAGAGAACUGGUGCAGAAAUCCUGCGGGCUCACCACUGGACCAAACAUCACGAAAACGAUCGAGCUCCACACGCAUCAUUCGAGUGCCUUCUAUGCAAUGGAUGAAGCCAUGAAGGACUUCAAGAACAAGGUGGCUGGUCUGUCGAUCAAGCUGAUACCUCCAGAGACUCUGGGCGCUCCCUUCAAGGUCAGUAUCGGCCCUGGUCAGGUCGCCCACGUCUCCACUGCGGAGGCCACGAUCCGGAAGACCUUGCGCGAGGUCGAGCUGGAGCUGCACUACAAGCAGAGGCGAACAGUUCCUCCAGAGCUGAAGCAUGCGAUGAUGUGCAAAAACACGAAGGAUGGCAUCGACUGUCCUAACAAGGCUUGCCCUUUCUGCCAUUCCAUAGAGGAGCUGGAGAUCGCCAGCCGCUGCUGUUUCGAGAACAUCAGCAUCUCGGGACAGGCUUCCUUGGGAAAUGCCACCGUGCAGAGGCCUGCGCCCGUGAAAGCUCCGCCCAUCAUCACUGCCAGAGCGGUCCAAGCCAAGACCAGCGAGAAAGGAGACUCCGAGGAGAGCAGCGCAAAGAAGCCGGACAACGAGACGCAAGCUGGUUGCGACGGCGGCUGGAAAAAGGGCCAGAAGUUGAUCUACUGUGGGAAGAUCCUGGCAGACGAGGCGACCGUCGAGGAGUCCGGCUACCAGAGCUCGGGCUUCAUCGUGGCGAUGGCUACAAAGGCCAAGCCAGCAGCGACGCCGGCCGCAGAGACGCCGGCACCUACUCCCGCGCCUGCGCCCGCCGCGGCCACGCCCGCCCCAGCUCCUGCGCCGACCCCUGCAGCGGCACCUCCGCUGGAUGCAGCAUCCGUGAACAGCCUGUGCGAAAUGGGCUUUCCGCGGGAGGAGGCCACGUGGCUGCAGAGUCUUGAACGCCUGGCGGCCUAG